UAUUCUUGUGAUCUCCUCUCUCAUCAUUGUCCUCAUCAACAUGGAGGAUGGAGAACCUUCAUCAACCGCUUGCUUGCAGCUCAAAGAAAAGCUCCAACAAAACCCUAAAACAACCAAAGGUAGACAGAAGAUAGAGAUCAAACAGAUCAGCGAGGAGAGCAAGAGGCAAGUGACGUUUUCAAAACGCAGAACGGGGCUUUUCAAAAAAGCGGCAGAGUUAAGCGUCCUAUGCGGAGCACAGAUCGGUAUCAUAACGUUUUCACGUCGCGGCAGGAUCUACACGUUUGGUAACGCGGACGCACUCGUUGAAAACUACUUGCGGAGGACGCCCGUGAUGCUGAGGUCACAUCCUGGUGGUGACAUGGCAAACGAAGGUGAGGAGGUAGACGGUUUGAAGUGGUGGGAGAAGACGGUGGAGAGUGUGCCGGAGGAGGAGAUGGAAGAGUACAUUACGGCUUUGAGUGGGUUAAGGGACAAGUUGUGGACAAGGAUCUGUCAGCUGGGUGGUGAUCGGAUGAUUCAGAUGAAUGCCCCGGUGUUUCAGAAUCAGAUGGCUGAGAUUGAAUGGAAACUGACGGAUGAGAAUCUGACGGUUAGGAAUGAUCAAGGUCCAGCAGGUAACGAUGGUUAUCUAGACAUUGCGGCUGGUACGUUUCUGUCUCAAAUCCGUUUAAGUGAUGAAGUGUUUUCUUGAUAUGUAUUACACUUUGGUGUUAUAUUUAUGUAUUGUAUGUUUAUCUAAAUUAUUUACAUUCGUUUAGCUCAGUUUAACUCAUGUGUUUCACGUUUGAUAUUGACUCGUUUAUCUCAAUUAACUCAGGCGUUUAAUAUUGUUAAAAUGUUACACAAAAGACCCUGUUAAUAUUGUCCAUUCUAAAGUAAAUACUUGACACAACGAAGCUGUCUACAGAGUCCAGCUGUCAGACUUACGGCUCUUCAAUCUAUAUGAUACCUUUCGUAUAGUUGAUGAAGUACACGACCACUAUUCCCGAGACUUUCCUUCUGCGUUUGUGGAUUCUAACAUACAUGAUAUAUCAGUUUCGGGGGAUGCUCAUUCAAGUGAUGAGAGUCCAUUCCUUGAAUUCAUUUCUUAUCAGGAUUCUCUAGAAAUUGGUAGCUUGGUUGGAACAAGACAGACUCCCGAACUCUUGUUCGAUUCAGAGGUGUUCUAAAAAUCGAUGUAGGCUACGUAUAAGAGGCAUCUGUCUAGUUAGCCAAUCAAAUCUUAAAUUAAACGAUUUUUCAAGAUUGAUUUUUAAAAAAUUGAUCAACUCACUCGAAAAAUACUGCCCAUAUCUAGCACCUAGGUGAUCCUUAAACAUUGGAUUUUUGUGUCAU